GUUGCGAGAUGUGACCCUGCAGAUCCACCUACGUUUCGACUGAGAGCGGCGAGCUUCAAAUUCGCGUACCGAUGGUCUUUCGUACGCUACUACAACAACGCCUAGGUUAUGUCCUCUAGCUUUGCUGGUACCGCACUGGCGAUGUUGGCAUUAUCGAGAACGACGUCUCGUACCUUGGCGGUCGUAUCAAGGACACCACCACCAUUUAUGGUCUCUCAUAUGGUAUCCCCGAGCCCGAAACCAACCUGCCCCAUACCGCGCUCCUGGCCAGUACACCGAAGGGUUCAUUAUUUUCUACUCACCAACUUUCGACCUUGGUGGGGCGGAUGCCUCCACCAAGUUCUACACCGUGCACCGGACCCUGCGAGAUAUCUAUGUGAAGAUGAUCGCCGUGUUACCAGUUCGGCGUGCCCAUCCCUGUGGACCAGAUGGAGAUGACCACUAUUGGAAAACUUUUUCGUGCGCGUCUCGUGAGCCUG